AUGGCCCUAUUCCUCGUGCCUUCGCUUCUCCUGCUGGCCUUCCUGGGGGCCCUGCCAGGCGCACGGACUAGAUGUCCAGAGCCCGCUGACCUGAAGCCCGAGGGCGGGACUCGCGAGUGUGCCCGACUCUAUGACAAGAGUGAUGCCUACUACGAGAAUUGCUGCGCGGGCUCCCAGCUGAGCCUGGAGCCCGGCGCCGACCUGCCCUACCUGCCGGCGGGCUGGUACCACGCCGCCUCCUCCCUGGUGGUGGGAACGCGCUGUGAGCUCACUGUCUGGUCUCUCCGCGGCAAGAGAGGGAAGUCCCGCAAGUUCUCAGCGGGAGCCUACCCUCGGCUAACAGAGUAUCGCCGCGGACUAUUGGGAGAUUGGAACAACGCCAUCGGGGGAGUCUACUGCAAGUGUAACUAA